AUGCUGGACAAUGCUGAAUUCACUUCCAAUGCAGGCAAGAAACGCGUGAGAGCAACACAGGCUUGCGAGCCUUGUAGGAAAAAGAAGAUGAAAUGCGACGGCACGAAGCCCAUUUGCUUACACUGUCAAGAAGCUUCGAUCGCGUGCGAAUAUUCUGAAAGUCGUAAACGAGGACCAAGGAAAGGCUAUGUGCAAGUACUUGAGCAACGAAUAGCCCAACUCGAACGUCGCCUGUCAAACGAGGAAGAUUAUGUCAGCAACAGCAACAACUCUGCUCUUCAUCCACUAUCCUCCUCAUCCUCAUCCUCAUCAUCUUCUAUACACAACAAGACCGUUGAUGUACCACCUCUUUCUAACAAAGGAGGCCGUAACCCUCUUGGUGAUGACAAGGACUUUUACCCUCCAAUCAAUAUCGUGAUCCACCUCGUCGACUUGUUCUUCAAGCAUUUGAAUUCGGUGUUCCCGCUCGUGCACAGGAAGACAUUGAAACGUUCGAUUCAAGAUGGCACUGUAUCUCGACCACUAUUAUGGGCUAUUAUGGCUAUUGGCGCAAGGUUUUCGGAUCAUCCACUGUUGAAGGUCGAUCCUCCUUAUUGGGCCGGGGAACGGUUUGCAGCCAAGGCCUCAUCGCUCGUUGAUAUCACUAUGCUUGAACCAACUAUACCGAAUCUGCAGUUUUGGGGUAUCAUGGCAUGUUUGGAAUAUGGUCGUGGAUGUGGUGCGAGAGCAUGGAUGUAUGGAGGCCUUGCGGUUAGGAUGUGUCAUGAGCUUGGAUUGAACAAAGAAGAGACUUUAAGUAAGCCGAUCAAGAGGAAUGAUGGAACAAUCGACGCAGCUGCUAUGGCUCUUAGGAGGCGUAUUUUCUGGAGCUGCUUUGCAUUGGACAAAUUUGCGAGUGCUGGUACAGGAAGGCCGCAAUACUUUGGUGUUUCUGAUUAUGAUGCAACCUUGCCUACUGUCGAAGAGAGCGUCUUGCUACUUGAUCAUUAUCAAUGCACGUCAAUCAACGAUACACAAGUGACCGACGAUUCUUUGAUGGACAUUACUCGGCAUUAUUUGGAAUUGGUCAUGCUCUUUGGACAAGUCAACAGGUUCAUAACACAUAUCAAGAGUGAUGCAUCAUGCGAGAAUGUCAUAUGGCCACCACCUGCUGCCGAGUUUUCAAUGCUUGAUGUUUGCUUACAAAAAUGGAAAGCGGAUCUUCCUGAGCGAUUUCAAUUCAACACAAUGAACGUCAACAAGCACAAAGAAAAUGCCAGCUUGAAUUAUUUGACAAUGUGGCUAUCUCCUCAUGCGAUUUGGUGUACAACAAUGCUGAUGAUGCAUCGUGGAAGCUUGGCUCACAAUGAAGUUCGGCCUAAUGACGCUCCUACACACGUAUAUCAAGCACUCCAGGCAAGCAUCAGCACGUGCAAGUCUUGCAUCGACGAAGCUAUGGUUUUAUUUGGAUUGUUGCGGGAGCUAUGCGGAAGAAAUGUUUGGCCAUACAUGGGAUAUAGUGCUUAUAUAUGCGCUACAGUCUUGAUGACAUCCACGUUUUCUCAUGAUUCGGAAUCCUAUGCAAAAAGCAGACACGGCUUGGAGGUGCUUUAUGAUAUGAUCGAGAAUCUUCGACCGUAUUGGCCCAUGUGCGAACGAUUGGCGCUCACUACCAAGGAUCUUUUGUUGACACACACAAAGCUAUAUAGCAAGCACCAUAUUAUACAGCCCAGGGAUGCAGAAGACCAUGACGACUAUCCCGCUACAACAACAUCAGCUGAAUCAUCGACGAAUGAAGUAACUGGGCUCCAGGAAGAUAGCACCAUUCAAAGUAAUCCUGCAACAAUUGAGGAUAUUCAGCAGCACCUACAAUCAGAGCUUGAGGCGGAUUUUGGAUUCUCAUUACCACAACAACAAUCAGCAUUGCCUCUGCUUCAGGAGACACUAAAUCACAGCAACGGUGAUAUCGAUUUCAACAGCUUUGAUUUCUUGUACGACAGCGCCCUUUUUGGUCAGAUCAUGCUAGACAACAACAAUACUACUAGACCGACAACAACUACUCCAUCAAGCAACGAAAUACUCUCAUCCAUGAUGAUUUCGCAACAUGAACCUUUCCUCUCCAAUAUCAUACAGCAUGAUGCACCCGACAUAAACCAUACACCAUAG